UGUACUCAGGCAGCGACAGACACCUUCCCGGGAGUUUUGCCGCUUUCUGCAGCUGAACAGAGUCCUCAGGACUCCUCGCAGAAUACAUGAAGAGCCUGCAGAUACCAGAGAGGUGUACACAGCUCCAGUAUGGGGAGACAGGCACAUAUCUGAUAAACGACUAACGCCUGCAACAUGUCUGUACGUCCCGAACUCAGACAAGUCAUCCAUGAGCAGCUCCACAGGAUGGAUGUUCAUGGUAAAAUCAGGGAGGUCCUGGCCGAGACAUUAAGAGAUGAAUUUGACGAUGGAAGCCAUAAUAUCGCAGAGGAAGAUCUGAUGAAAGCCUUGAGAAGGAGAGGAAUUGUAGAUGACGUCAUGAAAGAGCUGCAUUUCCUGGGGGGUGACCAUUCAAGAGAACUCACUUCAACUCCAAAACCAGCAACACCUUUUGUUGAUAAACAGCUACAGACACCGAAGAAAAGUAAGCCAACUAAUAUUGACUCAUCCCGUAGAUAUCUUCAUCUCCAGGUCUUGGGUGGAAAAGCUUUUCUUGAGCAUCUUCAGGAAGCAGAGCCUCUUCCUGGUCAGGUGUGCUCUACCUUCACCCUUCACUUGCACUUUAGAAACCAGCGUUUCCGCUCCAAACCAGUGCCGUGUGCUUGCGAGCCUGACUUCCAGGAUGAAUUUCUGCUGGAACUGCACAAAGACAGUUUAGGGGAUGGGAGCAGAAUGGCCGAUGGAACCACCCUUCUGUCGAUCUGUGAUCCAGUACAGAUGGUAUUAAUCAAGACAGACAUUUCUGGAGAAACCACUCUAGUGGCCUCUCACUUUAUGGAAUGGCGCUCGGUGUUGGGAGUGGAAAGGGGAGUGACGAAUCCCACUGUGGAGCUCCAUGGCGUUGGGGCUGAGUGUAAAGUUUCUGUGGGAAUUUUAAAUGUGAAACUGGAGCUGUAUCCACAUCUAAAGCAAACACUAUCUUCAGAGAUUGUCAACACUCAGCUUACAUUAGAGCGACAGAAGACAGCAGAGAAAGAGCGGUUGUUCCUGGUAUAUGCCAAACAGUGGUGGAGAGAAUAUUUACAGAUCCGACCUUCUCACAGUUCCAGGCUAGUUAAGAUCUUUGCACAGGAUGAAAACUGGGUGAAUCGACCCGUAUGCUGCUAUGUCCGCCCUCUGAGAGCUGGCCGUCUUCUUGAAACCGCCCGACAAGCUGCACGAUUUGUAAAUGUUCUGGGCUAUGAGAAGGCCACAGUGGUUGGUGGAGGUGGCAAACAAGAGCAGUGGUGCACCAUGCUGGCUUUCCUUUCUAGAAAUAAGGGCGAUUGUGAAGACCAUUGCAAUCUUCUGUGCAGUCUUCUCCUCGGUUUUGGUCUGGAAGCCUAUGUGUGUGUCGGUACUAAAGGAAGAGGAGUGGCUCACACGUGGGUAAUGACUUGUGCUACAGAUGGAGCAAUGACCUUCUGGGAAAGUUUGACAGGACAAAGAUACAUUCAUAAACCCAUCAACCCAGAUGAUCCUCCCUUAGUGGUGCAGCCUAAGCCUCUCUAUCCAUACCAAACCAUCGGUUGCAUUUUCAACCAUCAGUGCUUCUUGGCCAAUUGCCAGCCAUCAGAUUCUGUUGAUCUGUGUGUAUUUGAUCUGCAUGAUGAGUCCAGGUGGAAGCCAAUGAGCGGGGAGGCAAUUAAAUCUGUUUGUUCGCCAGGGUCCAUUACCUCUCUCCCUCCAUUCCCUCCACUCUGCAGCUCCCUGAUUGAUGCUGCUACAGAAAGUAAUGAAAUUGAGCUGCAGCUGCGAGUUCUCGUGUCUGAGCACAGAAAGGAUCUAGGCCUCGCUACAGUUUGGGAAGAUCAGCUAUCCUACCUGUUAUCACCUGCUCUGGCAGCAUAUGAGAUGGAGCGCUGUACAGGCAUCUCAGCUGGCAAUGAAGAAUUUCAAGAUGCCAUACAAAGAGCAGUACCCGAUGGACACACUUUUAAAGGGUUCCCCAUUCAUUUCGUGCAUCGAAAUGCAAGGAGGGCGUUUGCUACGUGUAUGCGUUCUCCACUUUGUGAAGAAAUAAUUGGCUGUCGUGGGGAUCAGAUGCGAAUUGCAGUUCGCGUGCGAGUUUUCACAUACCCGGAAUCAGCAUGUGCUGUAUGGAUUAUGUUUGCUUGUAAAUAUCGCUCUGUAUUGUGACAUAAACCAAUUCAUUAAGUGCUGCCCAUCUAAACAUCAACACUUGUAAUAUUUAUUUGCAUUUAGAUUUAAAAUACAUAUAUCUAUGAAUGUCUAUUUUGGUACACCUUAAGAUUGUUUUAUAAUAAAAUAUUUUGGUCACCUUUUCAU